AAUCCAACAACAUAAGAUGCCAUAUAAAUCCAAAGAAGAAGAAGAGAAACGAAGAACGGAAGGAAGCGCAUUUACUACCAGCAGAAUGAUUGUCAUCUGCCAUAAGUAGCUGUUAAUUAAUCUUAUCUUAACUGCAGUAAGGUAUAAUAAACUGUUUAGGACCACCACAGAAAUGGAGGCUGCAGGAGCAGAGGGCGGUCUGAAUGGUCAGGGAGCAGCGGCAGGAGAGUCAGGUCUUCCUGGACACAGAGUGACUACUGCGAAGCCAGUUUGGGCAUUGCUGGAAGAAGCAGUGCAACUGAAAACCGAAGGGAAUGCUUUUUAUAGAGAGAAGAACAUUCGCUCAGCCAUUGGUCGUUAUCACCGUGCUCUGCUGGUACUUCGAAGCCUGGACUCUGAUGUGAUGGCAUCAGUGAAAGGCUUUGGACCUGAGAAACCCUCUCUGACAUCGGAACAGGACACUUUACUCAGAAACACACAAGUGGACUGCUACAAUAACCUUGCUGCCUGUUUGCUACAGAGACAGAGUGUUGAUUAUGCUCGUGUGCUGGAGUACAGUCUGCGAGUGUUGCAGUGGCGACCAGGUAACAUCAAAGCACUGUACAGAGCAGGAGUAGCGACUCUGGAGAUCGGGGAUGCACAAACAGCCAAACAGUACCUUACACAGGCCAGCAGAGCGCAACCUAAUGAUGCCAGUGUUAGGAAGCACCUGCAGAGGGCAGAAGAGAAACUAAAUCAGGAGCUGCAAAAAGAGAAAGCCAUGUAUCGAGGCAUGUUCUCCUCCAGCCUGAAAGACAGCACUGAAGAUGUGAUUAACCAAACCAACAGAGCUGGUGACGGAGUUUAGACAAACCGCUCAAUAAGCCAAAUAAAACCUCAGCCUGAAACAGAGUGUACAACUUCAGCAGCACAGUUACUCAGUCACUCGAUAAUGUUACUGUCAUCGUUAUGAGCUUGAAGUCGGCCUAAUAAAAUAAGGACUGUACACUAUACAGACUGAUAAAAAGCAGUCAGUGGGACAGUAAAUUUCUUGCUGCUGAAAAUAGAAAGCCGAAUACAGACGAGUCAGUUUCCUAGCAACGCUGAAUGAACGAAAGUCCAAUAUCCUGUGCUUGUGAACAUUGAAGAGACUCUUGAUGCACUACUCAGAUGCCUUUGUGAUUGCAGUUGUCUGUUCAGUGAUGUUAUCUUGAUUUUUCUGAGUCUCAGUAAAAUAUUUUUUAAAUAA